GUUGACGUCGCAAGGUGAACCGGCCAAUCCUUUCUGCAAUCAAGCCUCUCACGAUCGCCAUUUAUUUACAUUCGCGACUCAACCCACCACAAGCUGCCCCGCUGUCAGCGCCAUGUCAGACGGCUCCAAAGCUCCGAGGAUAGCGAUAAGCUUCGGAGGCUCUUCAAGCUCAAAAAACAAUAAGAGACCCUCCCGCGCAGACCCACCAUCAUCAUUGGGCAAGCGAUCCCGAACGAAUGCGCUCGGCACCACCUUCGACUCAGACUCAGACGGUGAGCGCGACGGCGGUCGUGGACGGCACGAAGCGAUCACAGAGUUUGGCGGGGAAUCCAAACAGAAAGAGAAGCCCCGCGAGCUGGUGAUUGAUAAGCAACGGAACCGCGACUGGAAAUCGGAGUUGCGCGCGCGUAGAGGCGACAAGAACCUGCUGCCUGCUGAGGUGCAGGCGCAGCAACGGCAACAGGAGAAUGCCGUGAGACAGCAAUCUGAGAGAGAGCCCGCCGACGCGGACAAGGAAAUACAAUGGGGCUUGACCGUGAAGAAGCGCAAGACGAGCGAAGAGGCUACGGCAAACCCUGUCGAGGAUAUGACAACGGGACAGCCCAAGGAGGAGGAGGAGGAGGAUCGUUCACAAGAAAAGCAGGUUCCGCGAAGCGCAGACGAGGAGGCCAUGGACGCUCUGCUUGGGAAGAAGCGUCGCGAGGAGGAGGAAGUCGUCAUCCAUGCAACGGAGCAGGACGCCUAUCUCUCCGACAUCAAGCACGUGGGCGAGGACUCGACGCUUGCGGACUACGAGGCGAUACCAGACGGCGAGUUCGGCGCCGCGCUGCUGCGCGGCAUGGGCUGGGACGGCAAGCUGCGCGGACCGAAGAAAAAGCAGCCGACGGAGCGGCGGCAAAACCAGCUUGGUCUGGGGGCCAAAAAGCUGGAGGGCGCAGAGGACUUGGGACAGUGGAACUAUGGCGGAAAGAAGAAGAGCAGCCGGCCGAGGCUGGACGAGUAUCGGCGCGAUGAGGAGAAGAAGCGGAGCGAACGUAAGGAGCGGAGGGGGGAGAGUUACCGAGACGAGAGGGACCGCGAGCGUGAGCGGGACAGGGAUCGGGAUAGACAUGGUCAUCGCGAUAGGGACAGGGACAGAGAUCGGGAAUACUACAGCUCAAGGCAUCGAGGUGGCGAUUCGAGACGAUGAAGACGUCAGGAAACUGGAGGGGUUCCACAUUAUAGACUGUAUUGGAUACCAUGACUACCGGGCGUCAAGAUGCGCCGCAAUAGUAUCGAGUUGUUGUUGCAGGUUGCAUUUGGAAGCUUUCUCAACAGCCCGAUGGGUAUCGUCCGAUGAAACCGUCUUCCUGGGCCAAACGUGGUGAAGAAUGAGUUUGGUUAUACCAUAGUUGCAUUGG